AUGGGCUCCCUAACUAAUGAUAGUAAGACUGAGAACGGGCCACUUCUCGGUAACAUUACAGAUGUGGCUGUCAUCGGUGCCGGCAUAAGCGGAGUGGUGUCAACGGCCCACCUCCUCCGGGCCGGGUUCAACGUCACCGCGUUCGAGCGGACCGGCGUAGUCGGCGGCGUAUGGGACUACGAACCUCAAGCAGACAGAGCCCCACCAUUCCCUAAUGUUAGACCUCCUGUUCCGAAUUGGUCAGAAGUCGAGAAAGAAGGGUUAAGCUCAGAUGAAGUUGCGCUGAUACAUGCUCCGCCUAAUCCCUGCUACGCCGGGUUAAAGAAUAACAUCCCAACCCCUGUUAUGCGAAGCAGCCUACUACAUUGGCCGGAAGGUAGUGAGGACUUCGUGGACCAAAAGGUGGUUAACACAUAUAUCAACGAUAUUGCUCGGCUCCACGGCGUCAAUGAUCACGUACAAUUUCACACCCGAGUGGAAAGCGUGUCUAAGCCGGAAGGCGACAGCAAAUGGACCGUAAAAACGAGCACAUUUUCGAGAACGGAUUCUGGUCACACGUUGACGAAGAAGACCUGGAAGUUCGACGCGGUUGUAGUAGCGAGUGGACACUACCACACUCCGUUCGUCCCAGAUAUUCCGGGAUUAGCAGCAUGGAAGCAAAGAUUUCCGGAUCGAAUUACCCACUCAAAGCAAUAUCGGACACCCGCUCCUUUCGCCAAUCAGACAGUGCUCAUAAUUGGCGCCGGCGUCUCAGCCGUUGAUAUCGCGAACGAGACAGCUGCUUUAGGGGCUAAAAUAAUUCAAAGUAGGCGAGUAAGCAAGUAUGAUGUACUUGGACCGCGUCUCCCCGAAGGUGUCACCAGGGUCCCACUGGUCGCCAAGUUCGUCAUCGACGACAAUGCCGAAGACGAUAAAGCCCAAGCAUUAAAAUCCGGCAAUGCAAUACCCGGUAAAGCCAUACUCGAGGACGGGCAAGUUAUAGAAGGAAUCGACCGUGUCGUUAUCGCUACGGGGUACAUCACCACUUACCCCUUUCUUGGGGAUCUAGAACAGCCUCUACUCCCGUGGCAAGAUGCCGACGACAAGGUGCUCAUAACAUCCGACGGCUACAUUACACAUAAUCUACACAAAGACAUAUUCUAUAUUCCAGAUCCAUCACUAGCAUUCAUAGGUGUCUCACACUACGUGUCGACAUUUUCGCUCUUCGAUUUCCAAGCCCAGGUUGCAGCCAAAGUCUUCGCAGGACAUGCCAAGCUCCCACCCAAGUCGGCCAUGAGGCAAGAACACAAGGAAAGGAAAGCUCGGUUCCAACCCGACGAUAAGUUCCACAGUAUGUUUGCCAUAGAGGACACGUAUAUAGAAGAGGUCUUAAACUGGGUCAACGGAGACGCGGCGAAAGCUGGAAAAGAGCCACUGCCGGGUUUGGAUGAGGAGUGGCACGGCGGCUACAAGCUCUUCAAGGAAAGACUUAAGAGCUCUAGAGGCCCGUAG